AUGGCCCCCGAGAAGCUUCAGGUUGCUGCCACCGGCCUUGGCCGGAUAGGCAAGAGAUAUGCCAUUGACUUUCUUAACCGUACCUCACGGGCCGAACUUCCAGGCCUUAAUACCGUCUUUAUUGGAACGGCCGCAUCUGUCCAUGCUGAUGAGGCCAUUCAGGCGAUGCAGAAGAACCUGCAUGUUCUCUGCGAGAAGCCUCUGUCCACGAGCAUCUCCAUCCUACUCAAGUGCCACCAAGUCGUCGAGGAGGCAAAGAAACACCCUCAUCUCAAGGUCAUGUGCGGCUUUCCUCGUCGCUUCGACGAGUCCUAUCACGAUGCGCGUAACAAGGCGGAACAGGGUUUGAUUGGACGCCCUUCCAUCAUCCGCAGCCAGACCUGCGACAAGCGUGACCCUUCGGUGUUCUUUAUCGCUUACGACGCCUGGUCUGGUGGUGUUUUUGUCGACGUGUCUGUUCACGACAUUGAUCUCACGCUCUGGUUCUUUGCCGAUGAUAUCCAACCUAAGAGCGUUUCUGCUCACAGUAUCCGCGCUGUCUAG